GCCUGUUGCCAGGCAACCGCAGACGCGGGCCUGCGCCGGCCCAGCCUUUCCGGGAACUGUCCCUUUCCAGCUUGUCCUGUCUGAAGCUGUCUGAAGAGGGUUCUCAGUGGAUCGCCCUAGUUUGUACCCUUUCCAGCCCUCCCGCUCUGGACUGGGUCUUUACCCAGAUUGUUGGGUCAAGUCAGGAUACUGCAUGGUAGAUACGUGAACUUGAAUGGAUUUAGAGGUUAAAGGAGUUGCUGCUUCUCCUACAAGUCAAACUCGGCCAUUCUCUGGAAGAAAGAAGCCACUACAACAAGGAUGGACUUCGAGAUCAUGGGCAAUCCGGAAUCCUUGCCUACCUGUGGUCCCACCACUGGAUUUGGGAAGCCUUGUUGACUCUGAUGAUGAGGAUGAUUUUUCGUAUGUUCCACUUAGUACAGCACAUAUUUAUUUUAACCCACCAAAUUCAUCUUCUGCUUUUGGUUGUGUCACACCAUGUCAAAUUCCAUGUACUCAGCGUCACCUAAAUGAACUGGAGCAGGACAUAAUACCUGAAAAUUUGCCAGCCCCAACAGACAAAUAUAAACUAAAAUAUCAGCAAUACAAAACUGAAAUGAAAGAGGGAUAUAAACAAUAUAGUCAGAAAAAAGCAGAAAAGGCAAAAUCUAACAUCACACAUCAGCAGUCUCCAAGGAAUGGGACCGAUGACAAGUGUGUACGAGGUGAAGAAGCCUUCGCGGAUGACCUCACAGUGCUGGAUAGGAAAGCCCUCCUACAGCAGGGUUAUGCAGACCACACUUACAGCGCACAGGGGAGCACAAGAAAGUCUGAUGCCGAAGCCGUGGCUGCAGAGAAGAAGAAACAGACUGUUGCCGAGCAAGUGAUGACAGACCACUUAUCCAGGGCUGUGAUCAGUGAUCCAGAACAAGAUGUGACCACUGAGAAACAGGAAGGGGCUCGUGUCCUUCCAGAUCCAACAAUAGCACCUCUUCGAUUUAGGAAAAGAACGUUGCAUGAAACAAAGAUAAGAACCCAUUCUACAUUAACUGAAAAUAUACUUUCUCAUAAAGUACAAUUUGAUAGUAGGAUCAUAUCAAGAAAUGGACGUGAUGCUUGCAGAGAGCUGAUUGGGUUCUUUUUUACUCAUGACCAAUCGCUUACAAUUUAUGAAUAUCGGCAAUUUGGGAAAAAUAGAACAAGUGUGCUUCCUUUUAUUCAAAAAAAUGUUUAUAGUCAUCAGCGUGGACGAAGAACAGGAAAACAAUACCGACUUGGUGAUUUUUACAUUGGUGGAAACUUGACAUUUUUGAGUUCUGAUCAUCCGAGACUUCCAGAGAGCAUAAAAGAAAACACAUUACUUAUGCUUCGAAUCACAAAUGUUGAUCAGAUAGCUUUGGACUCUCUCAAAAGCGAUUCUGUGGAACGUGAGGAUGAUCUAACCCAUCAAGAAGCCAAGGAUAAGCUGGUCCUCGAGGCCAUUCAAGCUGUGCUCCAAGAACAGCUACGUAACAGAGGUGUGCGUGUUUUGACUGGAUUGGGAAAAUACCUUCAACGAUUGGACAAGGAAGGAAAUGGACUUUUAGAUAAGGCAGAUUUUAAGCAAGCUCUAAAAGUAUUUCACUUACAAGUAUCAGAAAAUGAUUUUGAGUCUUCAUGGCGAAUUCUGAAUGGCAAUGGCAAUGGCAAUGGCAAGGUUGAUUACGGAGAAUUCAAACGUGCCAUUAUUGGUGAAAUGAAUGAAUACAGGAAAUCAUUUGUUCGAAAGGCCUUUAUGAAACUGGAUUUCAAUAAAACUGGCAGUGUGUCUAUUAUAAACAUAAGCAAAUGUUAUUGUGCAAAGAAGCAUCCUCAAGUAGUUUCAGGCCAUUCUACAGAGGAAGAAAUCAGAUCAUCUUUUCUAGAAACCCUGAAAGAUGCCUGCAGCAAGUCUGAUGAAGUGUCGUAUGGUGAAUUUGAAGAUUACUAUGAAGGUCUAAGUGCAGGGAUAGUCAAUGAUGAAGAUUUUGUUACUAUCUUACGUACUCCGUGGGGGAUUUAGUUGUUUAAAAUGAAUAUACCAUCAACACUAAGCAUUUUAAGGGAGAGAUGAAUUGAAUGUAAAGUAUGAUCGAACACUGGAAUAUGUUUUUCUAAGGCUCCCUUUAUUCGUUUUUUUUUUCCCUCAAAAAGUUGAGUCUGGAAAGAGAAAUAUUCAGAAAGAUAGACGCUGGGGUGUGUACAUUCACGCACAUGUACGAGUGCUCGCCUGUCUGUAAGUUUAUAAAUCUCUGUCUUUUUGAUUUAUUACUUAUCUUGAAUAUAUUUUAGAGGUCAUUUUUUUUUUAGCUUUCAUAGGAAAGUUACAUCUGUAUCAAACUGUAUGACAGCAUCUAUAUAGUAACCACGUUUCUUGUCCACGGGUUUUUUGCUACCCAUUCCCCAGAAUAUAAUUACCACCAUUCUCAAUUCAAUGAAUUGGAAUUGGGCCCAAAGCCUAUGAGACUGAAAUAGUUCACCUUGUUUCAAACACAUGAAAUGUAAAAGGAGCUAAAGUACACGCAAGAGAAAUUUCCCAUGCAGUGUGAUUAUAGAUGUUUUCUGUAACAAAUAUUUAGAAUGAUGGAGGCUUCCCCCUAAAAGUGCUCAUUUAAACACUGGCUUGUCUUAUGAAUUCUUGUCUUCUAAAUUAUGCACUACUGUUUGUUCAAUAGAGCACAAUGUAAUUAUUCUAGUGACCAGUUCUAUUUGUUCUUUUCUUCUAGUUUUUAACUGCAAUCCUUAUUACCUGCACAGAGCUGUUAUUUAGCUAGAAACAAUACAAACGAGAGGGGGGAUGUUUUCUUAGAUUAUUAAAUAAAGAUCUCAAAAAGUGCAUUAUCACAUACAUGGACUAAGAGAUAAUUUAGCAAUUCUUAACCAAAAUGUAAAGAGAUAUUUUGGUCCCAAAAUGGAUGUAUGUUAUUCUGAAUCUCUUUUGGGUAUACUGAACAACUGAAACAUUUUCUUCUACAUAGAUAUUAUUUAAUGGUUAGAUGUGUUGGAAUCAUUCUGUCUAAAUUGUUCUAUGUUCCUCAUUUCUCCUUGGAA